GACGCAGCGGGCUGGGGACUGGGCAGCUUCUCGUGUAUCGAAUCUAUAGAAAGUAUACGGACCCCCCAGACAUGUCCCGUCCGUACGGCUUCCUACACCAUGAUGACGAAAGCGCGAUAGAGAAGCUCUUUGACGGUCGGGGAUCUCCGGGCGGAUCGCAGUUCAAUGAAAAUUAUACUAAAAAGAAGCAGAGACGCCCGGCAUCCACCAGGCACAUUCCAACCUAUGACUUCUCCGACAGCCUCGGGGAACCCGAGUUCACGUAUGACCCAUCGCCGGAAAUAUCGGGCUCUAGAGACGAGCUGCUGCGCAUCCGCAGGACUGCAGAGUCUGCAAAGAGUGAACACGCUGCAUUACUGGUGAAGAACAGCUCCUUGCUUGCGCAGGUGUCUGAGCUAAAGAGCAGCCUGGCCAUAAAAGACGCUUCCCUGCAAGAAGUGAAGGAGGAAUUGGCCGAUUACAAGGAGGGGAAUGCCCGCCAGGCCGCACAGGUCCAAUACCUGAAGAGCCGCGUACAGGAAUACGAACGAAUGAGCUCAUCUGUGAAUGGGGAGAAGACGAAAACUAAAGCGGAGAUCUAUUCUCUCGGGACAGAAAAUAAAGAGCUGAACGAAAGAAUUCGAGAGCUGGAAAGUCGACUCAAGAUCCACCUGAUUGAACGAGAGAAAACAGAGCAGAAAAGCAGCAGUCUGGAGAAAAAACUGCAGGAGAGCGUCGAAAAACUGGCUUCUUACUUAAACACAAAUAUUGAGAACCAGGCAGACCCCCUAAACGUUUUACUACCAAAGGUGGAGAAACUCGUAAACGGGUAUUUCCUGCUAAAGACAAAAGUAUCAAGUCUGGAAGACGCCUUGGCCGGCCGGGAAGCGGAGUCCAAAGCCGGCAGAGACGCCAUCGUGCAGCUGGUGUCGGAAUCCGACAAGAACAAGAAGACGGCGGCUGGCAUGGCGGCCGAAAUGAAGUCAUUGAAGAGGGAGCGGGACGAAGCUGUACUGGCCAAGAAAAACACCGAGAGAGAGAAGGAGGUUCUUCUGGAGAAACUGAAAGACAGCCACAAGGAGUGGGGAAGCGUCCACAAGGAGCUGCUGGAGAAAGACAAGAAAAUCAAAGAGUUGGACCUUACUAUACGUACUUCGGGCUACGAGGCGAAGGCCUCUCACAGCCUGCACCAUAACUUUAUCAGUCAGUUGGCUACCAUACUGAGCAAUGGGUUUAUAACCGUCCCCGAGACAGAGGAAGCCAUCAAAGAACGGAUCCUGGAGAUCUACGGCCGUGAACAGAAAUGGAAGUCUACAAGCGACGAGCUUCAGGAGAAGGUAAACAAGUUGACGAAGCAGCUGGACCAGCAACGGGAUUUGUACCACGAGGCGGCCACGAAAUCGUACAAAACGGAAGAAAUGCUUCAAAAAGAACAGGACACCCUGAAACAUUUAAAGGGCAAACUAGCGUCGGAAGAGAUGAUCAAAGAUGGUUUUAAUAUGGAAAGAAAGAAGCUCAAGAAGUUUUUAACCCAGCUGGCGGAAACGUUGCAAAUAAGCGAGGACGUAGCCUCGGAAAGCCUGGGAUCUCAAUACGAACGGCUUUUGAACAGAGCUGAAGAGCUGUUUAAGAGGAACAAAGAUUUUGGGAGCGAGAACAAAACCGCCGUCUACAGUCUUCAAAAGAAGGUAAAUUCCCUGAUGGAGAAAGCGGAGUUAAAAUCUUCCCAAGUCGCGCAACUUGAGAAAAAAAUCAAAGAGCUGGAAAAGGAGAAAGAGCGACAACUGUUUGCGAGCGUCGAGAAUCCGGCAAAUCUGACAGCCCAAAAAUUACAGCGGAAGGUCGAGAGACUCCAGGGACAGCUCGGCGACAUGAAAAUUGCUAAUCAGAACCUGACGGCUCAGCUCGUCGAUCGGAACGAGCUAAAGGAGACGAGCAUCCAGCAGCGAAAAACCAUAGAGGAGCUGAGCCGAUCUUUAGAAAAACUCGAGAAAAUUAAGGAGAAAGCGGCAAAAAAGGUGGUGAGCCUGAAGACGGAGCUGGAUUACAGCGAACACGAGCACGCCGGAGACAAACGGCGAAGCCAACACCUCGUGGAUUCAGUCGCUAAUGAGCUCCACACCACGAAGAGGGCACUCGAGGAAGUCGCAAGGAGGGAGAAGCAGCUGGUUGAUUUCAGGGAAACCGUCACCAGGAUGAUGGGUUUUAGCAUCAACACCUUGGCCGUGCCGGACCACGAGGUCUUCGAGCAACUGAAGCGCGUUUUACGGACGAGCGGAGCGGCGCCCGAAGGCAGAAUGGAUCGGACCAAGUUGCCGUACGGUUUCAGGACAGGCGACGGAGAACCCGAGUACACGGUUCAGCAUUUAACAUCGUAUAAAAACCCCAGGGACGGGAGAGCUUUUCAUUAAAAUAAUCCUCAAAAAUAUAUAGAUCGGCCGACGCCGCCUAUAUUUAUCAAUAACGAGAAACCAGAUCCAGGGAUUUUUGGUGAAUUUUGAGACUAAAAUUAAAAAAAAAAGAGUCAAAUUUCAACUUUAGUGUGGAAAUAGAUCCAACAUUUGAAUGAAUAUAAUUAUAUAUAUGUAUAUUUAUGU